GCACACUUUGCGCAUCAGUGAGUCCAAGUGCAGAGCAAUAGGAGGUCGCACUGAGAUCUUACCUUUGCGCCAUGUAAGUCUCACUUUAUUUUAUUUAUUUAUCUCCAAACAAACUUUAAGAGCACAGCCAAGGCCAGUCUUUUGUUUUCCCCAAAUUCAUAGUUACUGCAACGUCGACAAGCAGGACAAACGGAGGAGCGAAAAUUAACAAAUUAAAAUGAGAGCGAGUUUAAUUGACUCUUUAAUUUACGCGUGUGCGCAUGUAUGUUUGUUAAGUUGCAUUGUACAAACUGGCCAGUCUCAGCGCCAAGCCAACACUGGAGCGGCAGCUCUUAGACAGACCAUACAAUGGCAGCACAAUGGCAAACUCUUUAGUAUAUUAAGUCAAGGUUCGGAAUAUCAGCCACCGUUAAAACGAGACGGAAACAAACAGCAGACACAAGUCAGACCGAUAGCUAUUGUUCGCAAUGAUGAUGCGGCUCCGAGAACCGAUGGCUCAUCUUCCUCUUUACGACCCUCUCAGAGCCGCGGGUCCGAGCGCUCGGGGUCAGGUAUCGGUGCGCGUGGCGGCGGCAUGCGCUGGUUAUCAGGUGGAGAUGGCGCGCGCACCAGAGGAUCGCAGGAGCGCAGGAAUCAAACAAACCAACUGGGAAUAUCGGUCAAUAACACCGACAAUAGCAGGCGGGACGGUGAUGUGAUGGUUGGAGAUGAUCCUUACAACCCUUACAAGUCUACAGAUCCGGAUAACCCGUUUUAUAACUAUUAUGACACGUAUGAGAGACCUAGUCCCAGACAGCGCCCGGGAUAUGGCACGGGGUACUUUCAGUAUGGUUUUCCUGAUCUCGUAGCAGACCCAUACUAUAUCCAAGCAUCCGCUUACGUGCAAAGAGUUCCAAUGUACAAUCUCAGAUGUGCCGCAGAGGAAAACUGCUUGGCAAGCUCUGCAUACAGGUCCAGUGUAAGAGAUUAUGACACGCGUAUGUUGCUAAGGUUCCCACAACGAGUGAAAAACCAAGGCACCUCCGACUUCCUUCCCAGCAGACCGCGCUAUACCUGGGAAUGGCACAGCUGCCAUCAGCAUUACCACAGCAUGGACGAGUUCAGUCACUACGACCUGCUGGAUGCCACUUCUCAGAGGAGAGUGGCUGAAGGACACAAGGCCAGCUUCUGUCUGGAGGACACGUCCUGUGACUAUGGUUACCACCGACGAUACGCAUGCACCUCCCACACUCAGGGCCUGAGUCCAGGGUGUUAUGACACCUACAAUGCCGACAUUGACUGCCAGUGGAUAGAUAUUACUGAUGUGAAACCCGGGAACUACAUCCUCAAGGUUAGUGUAAAUCCCAGUUACCAGGUGCCAGAGUCUGAUUACAGUAACAACAUAGUGCGCUGUGAUGUGCGUUACACCGGAAACUACGCUUAUGUGUCAGGAUGUCACAUGUCACAGUAUUAAAAAUGUAAAGAAUCCCAAUAAAUACCAGUUUGGUGAUAAAGAACCUGCAACAACAUGAACAGAAGAAUGGAUGCUGAUCAUGGUCACUUUCCACUCAGAGCCAAUAAUCAGCCGGGUAUUCUAGUGUUGACUAUGGCACACAGUAUAAAGUUCAGUUCUACAGUGAAUUGCAUUAUUCGUUUUUUUUUUUUUGUUUUGUUUGUUUUUUUUGUUUUGCAGUGUUAAUUUUGAAAUUACUAAGCAUGUCUUAUUUUAUUUUAAUUAUGUGUAUUGUUUAUUACUAUUGUACAGCACAUUGUUCAACUAUGGUUGUGUUUAAUUGUGCUGUAUAAAUAAAGUGACUUUGACUAAGCAAAGGUGGAAAAAAAGAAAAACAAUGUUUUUAUAAGUGUCCAGGGUCAAACUGUACUGGAUUCCUUCUAUAGAACAUAGAAUUAAAUGGUGGUUAUGCUUUUGGAAAGUUUGCAGAGAUACCACAAAUUUUCCAAAUCUUUUACCACUGUUCUCUCAGACUAAUAAUAAUAAUAAAAAAAAAGAAACCUUCGGGUCUUGGCAAGGUGAACCACACUGGGGGUUUUACCUAAAACAUGCUUUAGUGUGCUAGAGCGAUGCUUUAGUUGUGUAUUCUAAGUAGAUAUUUAUAUAUAGAUGCUUAAAUUACUGCAACACUUUUGAUAUAUGAAGUGAAAAUUACUUGAAUAAAUAACUUCACACUCAGCCUCACUAAGGAAUUUUGUAUUUUUUUGUUCUUUUUUUUUUUUUGUACUCUGACUUGUAAUUUGCACUCUCACAUUAUUAUUAUUAAAACCAUAAAUAGUGCUUAAAGGUAUAGUUCAUCCAAAAAUGAUAAUUCUCUCAUCAUUUACUCACCCUCAUGCCAUUCCAGAUGUGUAUGACUUUCUUUCUUCAGCAAACGAAGAUUUUUAGAGGAAUAAUCUCAGCUCUGUAGGUCCAUACAAUGCAAGUGAAUGGUGACCAAAACUCUGUUGACCAAAACUCUUUU